AUGACCUACUUUGAAACGAGAUUAGAAUAUUCACAACAACCAACAAAUAGCUUCAAAUUACCUUCAUUCGGUGAGCUAACAAAACAUUUAAAUUGUAAGGAUAUAGAUGUGACAAAUGGUGGGAAGACAGUUUUGGGGUAUCCCUGUGAAGUUGUGUGUCAAGAAACAUAUCCUCAAGACUUUCAGUUUCCCCGUAAAAUGCCCGAGAAACUGGUGAAACUGUCAACAACAGUUGAUUCCAAUUGCAAGCCUCAGGAGAUUAUUGUCUUAAACUCGUUGGGAUAUGUGUUACACCAGUGUCGAAAAAUCCAUAGGUUGAUGUUUGAGUUGGAUUGCGAGUUUCAAUCAUUGCUUCGUACCUCAAAACCUCCAGGUUUGGAAUUUCUUCCCUAUGGUAAUUUACACUUUAUUCUAAAGCUUGAUUUUCGUUAUUUUGUUAAAAGAAUGCCUUUGGAUACUUUGAAACAAGAUCUUCCUCAAUUUAUACUGAUUUUUAAACAAGUUGAACAGUUUCGUGGUGGUUGUUGGUGGCUGCAACCUCCCGAAGUUGUAAAUAAAGAUUUAACAGCUGCUCCAAUUAAGAAAAAAUCGAUAGACCCUAAACCAAAAGGACCAACGAUGUUCUUUCAUAGAAAAGUUGAAUCAAGUCCUGGGCGGAUGCAACAAACUGGUAAGUGUAGUCGAAAGCAUUUGAAACAACGUGGUUCAACAAUGUCAAUCUGUACACGUUCGAGCCGUCGGCAAUCUAUAUCUGGACCAAGUGGAGAUCUAGUCGAUAUAAAUAUUGAUGCAAAUAAACUUGUUGCUAGUGUAGAUGCGAUUGCAUCGGUUCAAAAUCCUGUGACCACUCCAUCUUGUGGACUCCAUAAUGAGUUAAGUGUUGCUGCAAAACCAUUAAAGUGUCGUCAUUGCGGAUCUGAAAAAUCUCCAGAAUGGAGAAGAGGUCCUGAAGGGAAACAAACAUUGUGUAAUGCUUGUGGGCUAUUUUUCUCUAAAUUGGCAAGAAAAUAUGGUCCAGGUCGGGCUGCUGAAAUUAUGAAGGAACGACGUUUAGUUGCAAAUCCCCAUAGAGGUUGUAAAUAUUAA